UCUAAGGUGGUAGAGGCCAGUGAUUCUCCAGGCCGCUUCUCCUAGAAAAGUCAUCUUCUCGCGAACCUUUAAAGUCCCUGCCUCCGGAGGCACCUCAAGGGACUAGGACUGACUGCCUUAUCUUUUUCCUCCUUCCAAAAGUCCCGUUUGCUAUCAUGGGGAUGUACCAAGUGAGACGGAGUAGGGGGACCGAGUGGUGACCGGCACGCUGGUCACUGGCUGCUGCCCACUUCAGCGUUAGCAAACUUCUAGCAAGAUCGGAACUGAGUACUAAACAACCUCUACACUUCCCCCCGGGCGCCAUUCCAGGGCCGGCGCCACAUUCCCCAGUGGGCGCGCAAUGGCCGCGCCCCCUCCCGCUGCGGACGGGUCUUUUGGUACAUGCAGUCCGAGGUCGCCAUGGAUCGGAUGAAGAAGAUCAAACGGCAGCUGUCAAUGACACUCCGAGGGGGCCGAGGUGUAGAUAAGACCAAUGGUGCCCCUGAACAGAUAGGCCUGGAUGAGAGUGGUGGUGGCGGCGGCAGUGACCUUGGAGAGGGCCCCACACAUGCUGCCUCUGGGGAACCUCGCUCUGGACGGGGCCCACUCAGCUCUGCACCAGAGAUUGUACACGAGGACUUGAAGAUGGGGUCUGAUGGGGAAAGUGACCAGGCUUCAGCCACGUCCUCGGAUGAGGUGCAGUCACCAGUGAGGGUGCGCAUGCGCAACCAUCCCCCACGCAAGAUCUCCACUGAGGACAUCAACAAGCGCCUAUCACUACCAGCCGACAUCCGGCUGCCCGAGGGCUACCUUGAGAAGCUGACCCUCAAUAGCCCCAUCUUCGACAAGCCCCUCAGCCGCCGCCUCCGCCGUGUCAGCCUGUCUGAGAUUGGCUUUGGGAAACUGGAGACCUACAUCAAGCUGGACAAGCUGGGAGAGGGUACCUAUGCCACCGUCUACAAAGGCAAAAGCAAGCUCACAGACAACCUCGUGGCACUCAAGGAGAUCAGACUGGAACACGAAGAGGGGGCACCCUGCACCGCCAUCCGAGAAGUGUCCCUGCUCAAGGACCUCAAACACGCCAACAUCGUCACGCUACACGACAUCAUUCACACAGAGAAGUCCCUCACCCUUGUCUUUGAGUACCUGGACAAGGACCUGAAGCAGUACCUGGAUGACUGUGGGAACGUCAUCAACAUGCACAACGUGAAACUGUUCCUGUUCCAGCUGCUCCGUGGCCUGGCCUACUGCCACCGGCAGAAGGUGCUACACCGAGACCUCAAGCCCCAGAACCUGCUCAUCAAUGAGAGAGGAGAGCUCAAGCUGGCCGACUUUGGCCUGGCCCGGGCCAAGUCAAUUCCAACGAAGACCUACUCCAAUGAGGUGGUAACACUGUGGUACCGGCCCCCCGACAUCCUGCUCGGGUCCACAGACUACUCCACUCAGAUUGACAUGUGGGGUGUGGGCUGCAUCUUCUAUGAGAUGGCCACAGGCCGGCCCCUCUUCCCGGGCUCCACGGUGGAGGAACAGCUGCACUUCAUCUUCCGCAUCUUGGGAACCCCAACUGAGGAGACAUGGCCGGGCAUCCUGUCCAAUGAAGAGUUCAAGACAUACAACUACCCCAAGUACCGAGCUGAGGCCCUUCUGAGCCAUGCACCCCGACUUGACAGCGACGGGGCUGACCUCCUCACCAAGCUGCUGCAGUUUGAAGGUCGCAAUCGGAUCUCCGCAGAAGAUGCCAUGAAACAUCCAUUCUUCCUCAGUCUGGGGGAACGGAUCCACAAACUUCCUGACACUACUUCCAUAUUUGCACUAAAGGAGAUCCAGCUACAAAAGGAGGCCAGCAUUCGGUCUUCGUCAAUGCCUGACUCAGGCAGGCCAGCUUUCCGAGUGGUGGACACCGAGUUCUAAGCCACAGACCGAGGCCCCAGCAGGCAGCAGCUGGAGGGAUGCCAUACCCCUCACAGGGCAGCCCCCAACUGCAUCAUCCUCCCUGCUUGCUGCCUGCCUACCUGCCUGACUCAUGCUCGCCUGCCCACAUGUCCCUUGCUGCCUGUCUGAACAUCCGACCAUUGGCCUGUCGGCCCACCCAUUGGCCUGUCUGCUGGGUGCUAACAAAGUUCUCAUCGCUCCUU